AGCAGCAUACGAUUUAAGUGAGAGGGACUUCUAUCCAAUGCAGGAACUCUCUCGCUAUAUAUAAUAAUAGGAAGAGUGUUACUUUGUCAUACAAAACAAAGGAGAAACUGAGAGGCAACCCCCUCUCUGGGUCUCUGCUCUUUCCUUUCCUUCUCCUUUGAAUGCCAAUCUUUCAGAGCUAAGCCCAGUGGGAUAGAGAGGAAGAAGGUAUGGCGGGCUCAAAUUCUAGGCAACCCCAGUUCAUCGCUAGUACCGGAAACCAGAGUUUCUCAAAUGCCCCUCUGAUCCAGAGUGCAGAUACUGAUCAAAUUGUGGUGCCAGAAAGAAAAAGCUGGAAAAACUUAUUCGCAUACAUGGGUCCUGGAUUCCUUGUUUCAAUUGCAUACAUUGAUCCUGGAAAUUUUGAAACUGAUCUGCAGUCUGGAGCACGGUACAAGUAUGAGUUACUUUGGAUCAUAUUAGUGGCUUCAUGUGCUGCUCUUGUCAUUCAGUCCCUUGCUGCCAAUUUGGGUGUUGUCACAGGGAAGCAUUUAGCAGAACACUGCAGAGCUGAAUAUCCUAGAGGCCCGAACUUCAUCUUAUGGGUACUUGCUGAAAUUGCAGUUGUUGCAUGUGAUAUUCCUGAAGUGAUUGGCACAGCCUUUGCAUUGAACAUGCUCUUCAAUAUCCCAGUUUGGAUUGGUGUCCUUUUGACAGGGCUCAGUACAUUGGUUCUUCUAGCAUUGCAGCAAUAUGGGGUUAGGAAGCUUGAGAUUUUUAUCUCUUUUCUUGUUCUUACAAUUGCUGGGUGCUUUUUGGCGGAGCUUGGCUAUGCGAAGCCCGUGGCUGGUGAAGUUCUUAAAGGGCUUUUUGUUCCUCAACUCAAAGGAAAUGGUGCAACUGGUCUAGCCAUUUCACUCCUUGGCGCUAUGGUUAUGCCGCACAACCUCUUUCUCCACUCAGCACUGGUGCUUUCCAGGAGAAUCCCACGAUCAGUGCAGGGCAUUAAGGAAGCUUGCAGAUUUUAUAUGAUAGAAAGUGGCUUUGCUUUGAUGGUGGCUUUUCUCAUUAAUGUCUCCAUUAUCUCUGUAAGUGGAGCAGUUUGCAAUUCUUCAAAUAUGAAUCCAGAAGAUCAAGCUAGCUGUGAGGAUUUAGAUCUGAACAAGGCCUCGUUCUUACUAAGAAAUGUCUUAGGUAGUUGGAGUUCAAAACUUUUUGGAAUUGCUUUGCUUGCUUCAGGUCAGAGUUCUACUAUAACUGGAACAUAUGCUGGGCAAUAUGUAAUGCAGGGCUUUCUUGAUUUACGACUAAAACCAUGGCUUCGAAACUUUCUUACUCGAUGCUUGGCAAUUGUCCCUAGUUUAAUUGUGGCUAUCAUUGGUGGCUCUGCUGGGGCUGGAAAGCUAAUUAUCAUUGCGUCGAUGAUUUUAUCGUUUGAGCUGCCUUUUGCUCUCAUUCCACUUCUCAAGUUCACCAGCAGUGAGACCAAGAUGGGGGAACAUGCCAACUCAACUGCGGUUUCAGCUAUAGCAUGGAUCAUUGGUUCCCUGAUCAUGGGUAUAAACAUAUACUAUCUGGUGACGAGUUUCAUCCACUUCCUUCUUCACAGUCACUGGAAACUUAUUGCUGUGGUGUUUUUGGGAAUAUUUGGAUUUGUGGGUGUGGCAAUUUAUUUGGCUGCAGUUGCUUACCUGGUCUUCCGACCUAAUAAAAAGGCGACGCACCUUCUGGCAUUAACUACACCUGAUAGUCGACACAUGGUCAACGGCUCUGGCAGAACCUCAGUAGACUGCCUUCCUAGAGAAGACAUAGUAAGCAUGCAGUUGCCUCAAAGAAGGGAGCAGACGGAGGACAUGGACUGAUUGACAUAGUACAGUGAAUGUUGCAGUUAGAAAAGGCAGUGAAUGUUACUUUUGGGUAGUAGAAUUUUGUUAGCUUUAAAGUGAUUUUAGUUUUGAAAUGACAAAAACCAUAAUCAAAAUUGCUUGAGUUAGUUUUGAGCUUAACUUCAUCGUAUACAAAACCCCUUAAGUAA